GUAUUAUUCCUGGUCCAAAUGAACCAAGUAAACAUCAAAUCAAUAAUUAUCUAGCUCUAAUCAUCAACAAGUUAGUUGAUUUUGUUUCUGGUAUAGAUUUACUAGCAAUAUUCGAAUAUAAAAAAGGACGCAAAAUUUAUGUCGCAUUGAUUCUAUUAUCAAACGAUGUUCCAGCUGCAAAAAAGAUUUGUAGUCAUGCAAGUCAUACAGUGAAAUGUUAUUGCUGUCUAAAACAUGCAACAUACGAUAAUUUAUCUAAAAGAAGUCACUAUACGAAAGAAUGGUUAAAUUGUACAAAUAAACAGGAAAGAGAUGAUCAUGUAUCUAAAACAGAA